GGGGCUCGCAGGCUCUCGCUCUGGGACAGCCGCCACCCCCGGGAGACGUGGAAGCGGCGGCGGCGGCGGCGGCGGCGGCGGCGGCGGCUCCCUGGGCGCGGGCCGGCCCAGGAGCGUGGAGCGCCGCAUGGAUGCGGCAGCACAGCGGCUUCUCCGCGAGCCUUGGGAGACCCGGGCAGAGCCCGCCCUCUAUGCGUGCUGGGGGCCGGCAGGGGGCUCUGGAUUUCGGUCCCUCCCCUUUCCCUGGGUGUCUCGGAGCACUCCGGCUCUCAGACCCUCCUCCAGCCAGGUGCAGGCCGGCGGGAGAGGAGGACGCAUCUCUUCUUCCGGCGCCCCACCAUGGGCAAUACCUCCAAUGACUCCUGGCCAGAGAACUGCGAUACUCGACAGUGGCUCCCCUCCGGCGAAAGCCCAGCCAUCAGCUCCGUGAUGUUCUCGGCCGGGGUGCUGGGGAACCUCAUCGCGCUGGCGCUGCUGGUGCGCCGCUGGCUGGGGGACUCGGGGCGCAGCGCCGGCCGCGGGAACUCCAUCUCGCUGUUCCACGUGCUGGUGACAGAGUUGGUGUUCACCGAUCUGCUCGGGACCUGCCUCAUCAGCCCUGUGGUGCUGGCUUCGUAUGCGCGGAACCAGACCCUGGUGGCCCUGGAGCCCCAGAGGCGCGUGUGCACCUACUUUGCCUUCUCCAUGACCUUCUUCAGCCUGGCCACCAUGCUCAUGCUCUUCGCCAUGGCCCUGGAGCGCUACCUAGCCAUCGGACACCCCUACUUCUACCAGCGCUGGGUCACAUGCCGUGGUGGCCUGGCUGUGCUGCCCGCCAUCUACACAGUCUCCCUGCUCUUUUGCUCCCUGCCGCUGCUGGACCACAGGCAGUACGCCCAGUACUGCCCUGGGACGUGGUGCUUCAUCGGGCAUGAGCAGACCACGUACCUGCGGCUUUACGCCACCUUGCUGCUACUGCUCAUCAUAGCAGUGCUCGCCUGCAACUUCAGUGUCAUCCUCAACCUCAUCCACAUGCAUCGCCGGGGCAGGAGAAGCCGCUCCGGACCCUCCUUGGGCAGCAGCCGGGGCGGCCCUGGCAGCCACAGGAAAGGGGAAAGGGUAUCCAUGGCGGAGGAGACGGACCAUCUCAUUCUCCUGGCUAUCAUGACCAUCACCUUCGCCGUCUGCUCCUUGCCUUUCACGAUUUUUGCAUAUAUGAAUGAAACCUCUUCCCGGAAAGAAAAGUGGGACCUCCAAGCUCUUAGAUUUUUAUCAAUUAAUUCAAUAAUUGACCCUUGGGUCUUUGCCAUCCUGAGGCCUCCUGUUCUGAGACUAAUGCGUUCAGUCCUCUGUUGUCGGGUUUCAUUAAGAACACAAGAUGCAACACAAACUUCCUGUUCUGCACAGUCAAAUGCCCGUAAAUAGGUUGACCUUUGAGGAUGGUAGUUAAGAAGUGCUUAGUGAGCCAGCAUCUGGAAGAUCAUUUUGAAAUGGUUCCUUGGAGAAAUGGAGAAAAGUUAGUUUAUAAAUACAAUGAAGCUACCCUAAUAAAACAGAGCAAACAAACAUUUCAACAGUGGUUUGGGCUACAGACGUGCUGAUAAGGCACUUCGUGGAAGGUAUCAGAAGGCUCUAUAAAACCUACCGUCAAAGAGCACGUUCCAUGGCCUUUAGAGGAACAACCAAUUGCACUUAAGAUCCAGUGCCUUUCGAUUUAAGCUUUCCUGUUGAAUGAGAAACCAUGUAGUUUUGUAAUUUGUUUAAAGCCCUAAAUAGUUACUGUGUUUUCUAUUUUAAUCUUCUAGGCUAGUACCAUUGUAAACAUAAAGUGUACAGUCAGACCAGAUAAAACUUCUCACGUAUUCUCUAGGGAGUGGAUAUGUGCAAGCAACCAAGCCCGGUGUCUUGUGAUCGUCCUUUCUUUGGACAAUGAAUCUGAAAACCAUAGGUACUUUGUACUGUAUGUUUGUGUAUGUGGGAGUGCUCUCUUUUUACAACAGUAUAACUCAGUAUUACUGAGUAGGCUCUGCUCGUUAAUGUCAGCUUUUUCACCAUCCACAAGAAGCUGUGUGUCAGUGUCAGGUUAUUUAUUUUAUAACGUCUGCCGUGCUAAUAGUGACCAAAAAGGCUGGGAAUUUUCUUCUCAACAAUAAAUAGUAGACUAUUAAGAGAGGUAAUUCUGAUUAAUACUCUUCAUUCUAUUUCCAGGGAAUCGUAUACGUGGCUAUGCUGAAGCCAAAUAUUAGGAUCAAAAACGGAAAAAUCUGGUCAGUUCUUCAGAAACACUGGAACUCUUUUAAUGCUGAUGUUGAGGACAUAACUAACAUCUACUUUAUAGGAUGGUUGUAUUGUAGCAAAAUUCAUCUGGGAAAUACGGCUUGACUCAUACUUAAUAGGAAAUCAUGUAACAGUGAGUCAUAUCUUAAUAUAUUUCUAAAUCUAAACGUUUGGCAUUAUGUAAACUCGGCAUAAGAUAUUUCAGUGAGUUUGCACUGUUUAAUCAUAUCUUAUUUACAGUGUAAACUCAUCUGAAAUGUUACAAAAAUAAACUAUAAAACAAAAAAUUGAAAAUGGGAUAGUAUGUGAUGAAUUCCCCCCAAACAACAAUUUAUAAUUAGUGUAGAUAUAAUAAUUUUUAAAAUGAGAUAAAAGUGGAAAAUUUUCAUUUAAUUUGGCAGGUUUUUAAAGUGUGGUUGUAUUACAGAUUAGAGUUUGAAAUAUUCUAUACAGUACUUGGUAUUAGAGGAUUUUUUUUUCCCUUAUAGCAUGAUCUUUGAAAUAGUGGACACCUUAUUUUUUUGCAGUGAGUGUUAUUACAGCAUAGUUGUAAUAAAAAACCAAAAAAGAAUGUUAGUCUCAUUGAGUUGCUUACACAAAACUAUUUCCUAUAAGUAGUUAUCAGACUAGAUGAUCACUUAGGAGUGACUCCAGACCUAUCUAGAAAUCAGUGUAGUUUGACACAAUCUAUGUCAAAUCAUCCCUUAUUUUAAAAAGAAUAAAUGAAUGGUUUGCUUUCCUACUAAUUUAAACAAACCAGGCAAAGUUUAACUUAGCUAAAAUCUGGACAUUUAAAUAAAUCUUCCCUGUCCACCAAGUAUUCUAGAGUUAAGAAAUUGUUCUAAAUAGGAUUAACUAGCCUCAUGGGUAAUUCCUAAACAUAAAAUUCUAAAGUUACUUUGAAUCUGGAAGAUUAAUUUCCUUUAUCAGAUGACUUUUUUCCCCUCCAAAUGAAAAUGUUAAGUACAAUCAUUCACCGUACCUCACCACCCCCCAAAAUUCUCGAAUAAUGCCUGAGAACUUAAAAACACAAACUUGGACAUGAUAUCACUACUGGGAACAAAAUUUUCACUCUGUGAAAAUGAUUUUAAGUCAUUAAGAACUGAUAGAUUUCCAGCACUUUGAUUCCUAGUAUACUCCUGUUCCUUGCACUGUGUUAAAUGACUAAAUCCUGUUAUUUCAUCUGCACUGAUAUUUACAUAGAAGGAAUUGAAAGUUAAAGUCCUAUGUAAUAGUAAACUGCUUACUAUUAAUGGAAAUUUCAAGGUAAUAGAAAAAAUUACUGAUAUUGGAUAUGUAAAUAUUUUUUAAAAUAUUUUUAAAAAUCACGUCACAUCAGACGUACCUGUUUAAGUUUACUGACUCAUUUUCAAGUAAAAUAAAAAACACAGAAUUUAGCCUGGUAUAUCAGAGAACUGAAUUGUGAUGAAAAAAGACCUAGAUUUUAUUCUUUGCCCCUAACAGUGAGUGGAAUGAAAAGGGAGAAAGAAACUAUAGUGGAUGUUCAACUCAGAAUGCCAGCCCUAACUUUAGGUGUCCAGAAAUGGGAUGGGCCAAAGCAGUCUAUCCUAAGCCGAAUUUCCUGGGUGGUUCACUGUGGCCCCAGGUCAUCUUUCCCAAGAGAAAACUGGGAAACUCUGGUACUAAACUGUGGCCUUGAAUCUCUAAAGAUCCUGAUAGGGCCUGAGUUUGCUUAGAAACUAUAGAAAGCCUCCCAAAGACUUGAAUCUCAAAGUGGUCUGGACCCAUGACGACCCAGAGCCAGAGCAAGGCUCUAGAAACAGCACCAACCCAAAACUGCCAUGCUGGCGGAGGCUGUGAGCCCUGGGCAGGUGGAGGGAGAAUCCGAUCCACAACACUAUGUUCUCGGUGUAAUUCAGUUCAACUGUUGGUGCCCCCACUGCCGGCUCCCAUCAGUGCACUUUGAAAGACAGACUGCCCUCUUGCUAUCGUAAUGUCAGCUCUGCUUUGAACCAAGAAGAAACCAACAUGUUCAAGUUUAGAAUUCGAUGCCUUUGAAAGGCAGGGGAAGACAAUUAGCUCACACUUAAGAUGAGGGUUUUUUUUUUACUUCACUUAGCCAAAUCUAGUGGUUUAAGCCAAAAGUAAUGGUUUUCUGAAUUUGGGGAAAGCCCCUGUUUGAGUCCUUCACAGAGAAACAGUCUUCCCUGCAAAUUUAAUGUGUGUGGACUUGGCAAUACCUACUCAUGAUGACCAUCUUCUGCCUUUAUGAAACACAACUCCAUUGGAAUUUCUCUCUGAUUGCACGUUUAAAACAUACCUAUAAUCAUUAUACUAACAGCAUUAUCAUUGAUUUUUUUUUAAUUUACAAAGCAUUUGAUCACCUGCAAUACACACUAUGGAAAUAAAUGUCAUUUUAGCAAUUCACAGAAGCUAUAGUCUAAUUUAUACAUGGGAACAAGGCCGUGUAUUGGGCAUUAAUUUUAUUUCAGAAAGUUACUUUAUUUUCUGGUAGGUUUUAUGAUUUUUAUUGUAAGUAAAUUUUCUUGAAUUAUAUUUUUGUAUUUCCUAUAAAAUGUAUGUACAAUUAAAGGUCAGUUU